AUGGACAACGAAACCUACGUCGAAGAACGUCGUCAUCGUUACGAACCAUCCAGAACUACCACUAAUCAUAGUAGCAACUUAGUGGAGCUCACAGAAGUCAUUCCCGAUCCUCAUCACCAUUAUGAACGCGAACGAUCAUCUUAUCACCAUUCAUCACGCCAUCAUCACCAUGGUGCUGCUAGGAAAGGAAGAAGUGGACGAGAGGAAGAUCAUUAUGAUAGACAUCGUCAUUCCUCCUCACCGAGACAUCGCAGUCGCAGUCCUGAAGGCCCACUUCCCGUUGAAGCCACAGAUAGAAGGCACAGAGCUUCACCAGAAGGACCUGAACUGCCAAGACGUCUUCAAGAACCGGACCGAUCCGCUUUGAAGUCCAAGCAUUCAGAGAAAAAAUCAAAGGCUGAAAGGCACUACUCAUCUGGUUCCUCCAGUUCGUCUACUUCCAGUUCUGACUCGGAUUCCUCCUCCGAGUAUUCGAGCUCAGAGUCUUCAGGGGACAGCAGCUCAGAUAGUGACAGCUCAUCUUCUGGUAGCAGUAGCAGUUCUGAGAGCAGUGACAGCAGCGCCUCAUCGUCUUUAAGUUCCUCAUCCGGCGAGAAGAAAAGAAAAAGGUGGCGCCACGGUCAGAACGGAAAAUCCUCCAAAAAGCGCAAAGGACACAAGGGUCACCACCACAAACGCCGUCGUCAUCACAAGGAGAAAUCGGGGAGAAAGAAAGCCAAGAUAGCCCUCAAACAAAUGAAGGCGAGCAAAACAAAGACAGUUCGUAAACCAGAACCAGUGGUCAUUCACGAAGGGCCUGCUCCUCCUCCUCCUCCGCCUGCUGCUUCACAGCCAAUUCUCAACGCUUCAGCAGAUGUAGCAGUGGAAUGGAAGGAGCGUCGAGAAAAAUCUUUGCCAUCCUCAAGAAGCAGCUCCUCAUCUGGAACUUCUAGUAGUGAUGAUUCUUCGUCUUCAACCACUUCAACUGAUAGUGAAGAGAGAGAGAAGCGUGAGAGACUAAAAAGAAAGCUUUUCAAGUCCAUGUCUCAAUCAAAUGUAUUGUUAAAGGAGGACUCACAGCCUGCUCGAGGGGUUCGUCUUAUUUGUUUACUCAAGUUGUAUCCCUCUAAGUGCAUUUUAUUGCAAUGA